AUGCCUGCGUCGCAGCUCAAGCAGCUGAAGACAUCCCUCCGCGAUAAUGGAGUACUGGGUCCUCAGAAAUCCAAAAAGCAGAAGCGCCAAAAUGCGAAGACCGGUGCAAAUGCGCAGAACCGGGCUCAGCGCGAGAGCGCUCUGGAAGCCAUUCGAGAGCGAUUCAACCCCUUCGAAAUCAGAACAAUUUCGCGCAACAAGUUCGACGUGACUACGAGAGAUGGCCCGACUAAAUCAGCCGCAGGGAACUUUCGGCCCGGAGUUACAAAGUCUCUUGGUGAGGAGAAGAGACGUCAAACUUUGUUACACGAGAUGGAUCGCAAGAAUAAAGUUGGUGGUAUCAUGGAUCGUCGGUUUGGUGAGAACGACCCAACCAUGACGCCGGAAGAAAGAGCCGCGGAACGAUUUGCCAGAGCAAGCCAGAAGAAACUUCACAAGGACUCGAUGUUCAAUCUAGAAGAGGAGGAUGAUGAUGAUGAAUUUCAACUUACGCACAAGGGUGAAUCGCUAUCGUUUGGGGAAGAGGCCGGCGCCCAAGAUGAUUUUGAAGAGGAUGUGGAUGCUGAUGACAUGUCGGAUUCUGAAAUGCCUCGGAAGCGGAAACGGAUCCUUGACGACGGCGAAAUUGAGGAUCCUGGCCCACAGGACGAGGAAGAAGUACCCGAUCGCAAGAAGUCUAAACAUGAAGUCAUGCAAGAAGUCAUUGCCAAGUCGAAGUUCCACAAGGCGCAACGGCAAAUGGCGAAAGAGGACGACGAUGAUCUUCGUGAAGAAUUAGACAAAGGUCUACCUGAUCUCUUCGAUAUGCUCAGAUCAGUGAAACCCCCAUCGAAACCCGAACCACCGAAGGAUGACUUCGCCGCGAUGAAUCCAGACCGCGCAGCUAUAUUGCAAGGUCAAUCCGAGGGAGACUUAGAAAAGGAGUAUGAUCAACGUCUGAAACAACUGACGUUCGACAAACGGUCGAUGCCCACAGACCGAACGAAGACGGAGGAAGAAAAGGUGGAAGAAGAAGCACAGCGGUUGAAGAAGCUCGAAGAAGAACGACUUCGCAGAAUGCGCGGUGAAGAUAUUAGCGAGGAUGAAUCAGACGUGGCUGAAGAAAAGUCGGAGGAUGAAGAUGCGGAAGAGUCCGGGGAUGAAUCGCUCCCGGAUGAUGCGAAGGAUUUCGGACUGCAGCAUAUGAAUUAUUCAACCUCCCGCCCUACCGGGGUUGACGAUGAAGACGAUUUUAUUCUUGACGAUCUUGUAGAGACGAGAUCGGACGUCAGCGCGUCUUUUGACGAGGAUGACGAUAUGGGUGAUUCCGCUGAUGAGUCUGAAGAAGAAGAAGACCAGGAAGACGAGCUUAUCAACGGGAUUACUAUGCCAGGUGGUGUGCCGGCCGAUUCAACAAUAGGUCCGGAUGCUCAGGUCAGCGAUGAUGGGCUUGCAUACACAUAUCCGUGUCCGAGCAAUCACGAAGAAUUUCUUCAGACAGUCAAAGAUGUCUCUUAUGAGGACUUGCCGACCGUUGUCCAGCGAAUUAGAGCUUUGCAUCAUCCACGUCUUCACAGCGGCAAUAAAGCCAAGCUUAGCCGCUUCGCUGGAAUCCUCGUUGAGCAUGUUGCGUACAUGGUUGAACAAUCCGAGCAUCCUCCCUUCGCUAUUUUAGAAAAUGUUCUCCGUCAUAUCCAUUCUUUGGCAAAGAGCCACCCCGAAAGCAUAUCCCUAGCUUUCAGAGCUCAGCUACGUGAAAUGGCUACAGACCGUCCACUCAGUCUUCGGCCCGGCGACCUUGUUAUCUUAACUGGGAUUGCCACUGUUUUCCCAACAUCGGACCAUUUCCAUGCUGUCUCUACACCUGCUCAUCUCUGUCUUGCGCGGUAUCUCGGACAAGGGCCGGUCAACUGCCUCUCUGAUCUGUGUAUGGGUACCUAUGCUGCAAGUCUAGCACUACAAUACCAGACUGUCUCGAAGCGCUACAUGCCCGAAUUAUUCAACUACGUCCUCAACGCACUUUGCAUUCUCAGUCCCGAGGAGCCCCCCUUUAAUCUAGGGUCCUUCCCUCUUCGAAAACCCACAGAGCCUCUUCAUAUCAAACCCUCAAAGUUACUAAACACCCGAAAGCUUCAGUUCUGGGAUAUAAUCGGAGAAAAGCAAACCAACACACAACAAGAGGAGCUCAAACUCUCUUUAAUUACCACCCUAACCUCCCUCCUCAACUCAGCAUCCGAUCUCUGGUCCAGCAAGUCCGCGUCCAGCGAGGUUUUCGAGCAAGCCCAGGCCGUCCUCCAGUUCGUCUCCCGCUCGUGUACCAACAAGAAGAAGAAGAACUCAGUCUCCACAUCUAUCCUCGAUACCUUCCAAAGUACCCUUGACAAAAUCUCUACGCUACUCUCGCAAUCCCGCCUCGCUCGCCGUCCUCUCCUCUUACACAACCACAAACCACUCGCCGUUAAAACAGCCAUUCCUAAAUUCGAGGACUCGUUCAACCCUGACAAGCACUACGACCCCAAUCGCGAGCGUGCAGAACUCAACCGCCUCAAGGCGGAAUUCAAGCGCGAGCGCAAGGGUGCAAUGCGCGAGCUGCGGAAAGAUGCCAACUUUGUUGCCAGGGAGAAGCUGCGUGAGAAGAAGGAUAAGGAUGCCGAGUACGAGCGGAAGUAUAAGAGACUUGUUGCGGAGGUGCAGAAUGAAGAAGGGAGAGAGGCCAAUGCCUAUGAGAGGGAGAAGAGGAUGCGCCAGGGGAAGCGGUAG